GAACCCUGAGCGAGGCUAGCCAGGUGCACCACAACCAUCAUCACUCUUACAUCCUUAUACCUUAAAACCUUCUAUGUUCUUUCUUGUGAUGCAUUGUGUGAAGACCUCCCAGUGCUUAAAUAGUUUUCCUGUGCUUUAUCAGUGUGUGAGAUAUAUUCCCGAAAGCCUAUAACGAAUGUGAAGACCGUUUUGGGCGUACACUAACAGAAAAGUGGAAAACGGUUUAGUAUAAGCAGGGUGUAGUUAUGGCCAGUGUAUUUGCAGUGGAUUAACAACAGUAAGUGAGCCUUUGCGCCAGUGUUUUCGCCUCUUACUGACUGAUGGCACCAAAUAUAAAGAACAAAGUAUAUGUUGAAAACUAUCUUGAAUCUUGGGGAGGGCGAAAUAGUGCAUUUAACCCUCGUAACAAUAACGAAAACCAGAAAUAACUUGCUUGUGCUAAGAAGCCAUUCUAAGAACUGAUUAAAAUAUAAUCACGAAGAAUAAAGUGUUGGAUGCUACAGUUACACUCAGAAAUUAGAUCAUAUUAGUUGGUUUUGUUAGAGGUGGUCAGGAUGGUGGUGCCCCCAAGAGAAAGACGGACCACGGCUGGCUGGUGGGCCAUAGCUUUCCACGUACUGGCUUUCCUGCUAAUAACCAUCGGAAUGUUUACCACAUAUUGGCUGCAGGCCGAAAAGAAGGCCUACGGUACCUCCAUGGACAGGAUAGGGCUGUGGACGCAGUGCUUCCGCAGUUUCACUGUAGAGAAGGACGUGUACCGUGAAAGGUUCUUUGUGGGGUGUCGGUGGCUCUUUGAUCCCUUCACUACAGGAUACGAGGACGUCAGGGAGAUGUUACAGAGGCCAUUCUUCGUGACAGUGCAGGUUUUCUUCACCUUCUGCUUCACACUGUCACUGAUUGGGGCAGCCCUUACUGGCAUCUUGGUCCUAUGUCCUGGUGAAGAAUUCGAGAGAGCCGUCCUUAAGAUUGCCUAUAUUGAUCUCUUUAUCUCCUGGGUGUUUGGGUUUAUUGCUGUCAUCAUCUUUGGGGCAAUGGGUGACAAUCGGGAUUGGAUGCCACAUUGGGAUCAUAACCACCUCUCAUGGUCCUUCGGUCUUGCUGUGGUGGGUGUAGUAGCAGAGUUUGUUGCAGCAGUACUGUUCUGGGUGGAGUAUCGCAUCCAGAAACGCAAGGAGUCCUACCGACAGAGUCAUGGAGUCUUCACACUUGAAGGAACCAAAACAUAAAACUGCUUUCCAUACCUAAGACCAAUAUUUAUAUCGAGAAGUCUAGAAAAGAUGUCAUUGGCUUAAAUUGGCAGGAAAAUGCCAACUUCCAGUAAAUUUCAGUUUCUCCAUAAGCAAGAUAGAAAUAGAACUAUGGCAACAAGAGACCUGCAGGAAAAACACAGGAAGACAUUAGAAGUUUACAAGUGGGUGGUUAUUUAUAGUAAUGAUGUCAAACAUUUUGAGCCAUUUUGCAUUCUUUAUCACUGUUCAAGUUUAUCACAUUCAUGGUGUAACGUACUACAUUCAGUACAGUAUUACGUAAUUUAUUACUGUAGAGACCAGGGACAUUAUGAGUGAUCAGUUGCACUGAUUUAGAAUGCAGUCACCAUCUCAGGCUUGUGACAUACUAUUAGGUGUUAUAAAAUUCAUGAGAGGCACCUUGCAAGAGCAGUCGCUUAAAUAAUUCCAUUUCCUGUAUUGAAGGUGCACUCAGAAUUUAUCAUCUAACUCUGCCUAUUACAAAAUGAGAAUUUAUUAAACUAUAUUUUCUCUUGAAAUGACAGUAUCAAAUAUCAGCAUUGAUACAUUAUUAUUCAUUUAAUAGUCAUGUAGAUUUAUAAGGUAAAUUAACUUUAUAUAUAUUCAAAUGCAGUACCAUGGGUUAAAAAUAUAGAAAUUUACAUAUUUACUAUCUUUUAUUAUUUUAGAAUAUGACGAAGUCUGGUAACUUUCAGUCGAGCAUUCUUAUCAGUAUUUCUGAUGUUUUGAAGCCAAUAUAUAUUGAUUGUAAUAUUUAUAAUUUCCCCUUUUUUUGUACAGAAUAAUUUAGGGUAUGUGACUAAUUUAAAACAGUUUUCUACCAGUCUAGUACUAGAAGACUUUAUUUUCUAAAUGUAGUACAGUGUCUUAUGCAGCAGGUUAAAUAUAACAGCUGCUGCAAUAUUUAGGAUCUCCUAAGUUAUUUGCAAUUAUAUUAAGUUUUGUAAAAUAUAGACUUACCAAUUUUUUUUCUCUCCUCUCUUAUGUACAUAAUACUGUUUCAGGGUGUGGGUAGGUGUCCUGGGUUUUUUGUAUUAAACAUUCAUUAUUUUUGUGUGUUUCUUCCAUUACUUACGUUGACAACACGACUUGGUAGCUAAGCUAAUGUACUUAAGUCUGUGUGAAGUCAUUAAGAUAUUGUGAUUUUUAACUGUGGUAACUACUCCGUCCAUGAUGUAGCUAUGUUAAAGUUCAUCCGUCCUUUUGGCUGCCAUAGUGAUACUGGGAACACCUAGCCUUAAGCUAAGCUGCAGCAGGUGUGGUCCUUGGCUGCACUCUGGGUGUCCCAUUUUUAUAGUUGCAUUACUUCAAAAUUUCAGAAUUAGGUAUCCCCAUCAGGGUAAUACCUUAUGGGGUAGCUUGUUAGUUUUUAUGUUUUAUUCACUUUGGUACAGUAACUGCAGAAUACCUUUUUUCACUACCUGAAGCUUUUAACAAUUAUGUAUCUUGGUAAAUAAAACCCCAAAUUCUAAUUGAGUCAGUUACUAUUUCUUCAUAUUUGGCAGAUGAGCCAGAAAACUGAAUUUGCACAUUAUACUGCUUUAAGAGCAGACCAUGAAAUUUUCUAAUCAAUUUGGUAAUACCAUUUACAAUAGUGUUAACUGUACAGGGUAUUAAUUCAGAUCAAACAGCCCUUCCCUAGAAAUUCGGAAAAUUAAGCUUAACUUAAAAUUUUGAUCACUUUGUUAGUGCUGUCUUGAAAUGAGACCUACUUCCUUAAACAAUUCCUCAAGCUCCUCUUGCCUUGGGUUGCACAUGUAUUGUUUUUUUUGUCUGCACUAAUUAGUCUCCUUACCACAUGACAAGUUAAAUGAUAGUCCCCCUCAAAGGAGGCUCAUAAUUCAAAGAAUUUAGCUUAUCCUUGCUUUCUUUGGAUCGAACUGAUUGCCUUCCAUUUCCCCCAGAUGCUAUAUGACUGCUAUGGAUUUAAUGCUCCUCAUGAAUAAUACUGGUGGCAGUUUUUAGAACCAAUUAGGGAUUGGAGUGGUUUGUCUGAUUUUACAGAAAAGCCAUAAUGAAUAACUGGAACUUGAUUAAACUUACCAUAUACAUAUAUUAAAGCUAUACAUGCACAGUAAUUUUGUUAAAAUUGGAGACUUUAAAUAUUUUGGGAUCAACUUUUAUUUUUAUAUAUGUACUUUAUAUAUUUGUAUGCCAGCUGUUCAAAUGCUCUUUGAAUCUUCACAUACACCUCAUAUAAGUUUCUGCUAUGCACUAACACCCUCCAACAGCCCUUGCCCACACUUCCAAAUUUCUGCAAAUUUCCAAAUUUCGGUGGGAGACGACCGACUUGAUGAAAAAAAAAAAAAAAAAUAUAUUGUGUGUCAGUGUGUGUGUCAGUGUCAUGCUAACUUCCACUACACCUCACCCCCUCUCACACUUAAUUCUGUUGUAUCCCUACAACUCUUAUUACUAUCUUUCAAAUAUCUCCAAUAUUCCUUGAAAUCCUCCUCACACCGUCCAUCUUCCCCCACAAACCCCCCAACUAACUUCCACACCCCAUUUUUUUUUUUUUUUUUUUUAACAUGCCAGCUGUCUUCUACCAAUGUAAGGUGACUCAGAAAAAAAGAAAAAAUUAUCACCAUCACUCUGAUCUUUACCUCCUCCCAACACUGCCUAGGAUGACCCCUACCCUUCCUUCCUCAACUUUUUUCCUCAUGUUCUCACACUUCUCUAGCACAUGCCUACACUCCUUAUCACACACUCAUCACACAAAAUAUCAAGAAAGAAUAGAGAAGGACAGGCACACAAUUCUGACUAGUUCUUCUCAUACUGACUUUCUUGCAAGAUAGGUUUUUAAUAAGGGUUUGCAACCAAAAUAAAUCUAGUUGUUCUGAGGUAAUCUCAUGUACUGUACAUAUUUAAUAAAAAAUGGGCAAAUUGUAUUUUUUUUUGUGUGUGUAUCCAAGAAAUGUCGCAGGUUAAUUAGCUGCUAAGUAGGUAAAACAGUACAAUUUCUGUACAGGUAAUUAAUCUUCCUGUAGCAGGCUUGCAUUUCAUACACACAAACUGUACAAAAGCCUUAUUGAUUGCACUAAAUUUCUUUGGUAGAGAUAGGAGAUAGUUCAUUAGUGCCAGUUCAGUGUACAGGAUUGUAUUGUGUAUAUUACAUGUGUACAGAAUUGUAGUGUAUAUUAUCUGUGUAGGACUGAGUGACUAGAUCUAUUUUUCUUACCAAUGUGAGUAUUAAAUCACAAGAAUAAUAAAAUUAAAUUAACA